AUGCACGGCUACAGUUCAUCAGAGGAGUCCGACGACCCUCGUCGGCCUCGCGUCCAACCCGCGACCAAUAACAACAACGAUAAGACAAAGAAGAAGAAGAAGAAGCUUCCGCCUCAAAAGUCCAUCAACCAAAUUUGGAAGAAGUUCUCCAAGCGCAAGUUUCACAAGGCCCUCGCCGUUCUGCCUUUUGACCCUGUGCAACCUCCUGCCACAUACCACUCCAAUGAGCUCCUAUCGGCUGGUUACGAGCGAGCUGCAGAGGAAUGCCGAAGAAAGGUCGAAAAGAUCAUCAAAGAAUGCAAGCGAGUAAACAUGCGGUAUAGAGAUCCUGGUUGGGAUUUGGACUGGGAUCUUAAGUAUGAGAAGGGACAUUGUUUGAACAACCUGGGAACACAAAAGUUUGAGCUGAACAGAACAACACUACUAAGUUCCAAGGCUGCUGUUCCCAAGGCUGUCAAGCGAGUGCAUGAAAUUUUCGAGAAGCCAACUUUCAUGAAAAAUGUUAGUGGUGGUGACGUCAAGCAGGGAAGCUUGGGCGAUUGCUGGAUCAUGGCUGGCCUGACGGCCCUAGCCAGCGUUCCAGAGGGCCUACAGAGGAUCUGCGUCGCGCAUGACACCAAGAUCGGCAUUUACGGUUUUGUGUUUUACCGUGAUGGCGAAUGGAUCUACUCCAUCAUUGACGACAAACUUUAUCUCAAGUCACCAUGCUGGGAUUCUCCUAGCAUGCAGAGAGAUCUGCUGCAGCAGAUUGACCGCGAAGAUAAUGAGGUUGUAUAUCGCAAGACAUAUCAGACUGGCUCCAAGGCUCUCUUCUUUGCUCAGUGCAGAGACCAAAAUGAGACUUGGGUCCCCCUUUUCGAGAAGGCCUACGCCAAGGCGCAUGGCGACUAUGCGUCAUUGGCUGGUGGUUGGAUCGGCGAGGGUGUCGAAGAUCUCUCUGGCGGUGUGACUACCGAGCUUCUGACGUCUGAUAUCCUUGAUAUUGACGAAUUCUGGGACAAGGAGAUGUCACGAGUCAACGACGAGUUUCUAUUUGGUGCUUCUACUGGUCUGCUCGAGCACGGCUAUGGUGAACGUAACGGUAUCUCUGAGGGACAUGCCUACGUUGUUCUAGAGGCCCGUACCCUCAAGUCUGGUCAACGUCUGGUUAAGCUUCGCAACCCCUGGGGUAAGGUCCGCAAGGGUAUCUGGGAGGGUGCCUGGAGCGAUGGCUCAAAGGAGUGGACCGCCGAGGUCCAAGAGGAGAUGGACCACAAAUUCGGUAGCGAUUCUGUCUUCUGGAUUUCUUAUGAGGAUCUCGUCCGCAAGUACUCUCACUUCGACCGGACCCGACUCUUCCGCGACCGCGAUUGGCGAUGUUGCCAACGCUGGAUUGGAGUCGAUGUCCCUUGGAAGGCAGCUUACCACGAGAAGUUCCACAUCAAGGCCACCCAAGACACUCCUCUCGUCUUGGUCCUCUCACAGCUUGAUGGUCGAUACUUCAAGGGUCUUCAGGGCCAGUACUCUUUCCGCAUCCACUUCCGACUUCACUACGAGGAUAGCCCCAAUGCCGAAGACUACAUCGUCCGAUCUCACGGUAACUACCUGAUGGAGCGUUCGGUCUCUGUCGAGCUUCCUGACCUACCUUCUGGUAACUAUGUUGUAUACAUGAAGGUGAGCGCUGAGCGUGAUUCCAAUGCUCAGUCUGUUGAGCAGGUCGUCAAGCGCGAGGCUUCUCAGAGGGUUGAGAACGAGAAGCUUGCUCAGGUUGGUUAUGCUUAUGAUCUUGCUCAUAGCAAGGCUUGGGACCAUAUGGAUAAGGUCACCAAGUUGCGCAUGAAGAAGGAUCAGAAGAAGGCCUCUUCCUGCCGUCAAAAGGAGCGACGCCGAAUGUGGGAGAAGCGCGCUACCAACCGUGAGGUCUCGAAGCAGCAGACCAAGAAGAACUUGGAGAAGCGAAAGCGUCGUCGCGCCGAGUGGGAGGCUGAACAAACUCGUCUUGACGAGGAGUUCAACGCCCAGGUCAAGGCUGAGCGAGAGGAGAUGAGGAAAAAGAGACUCGCUAAGGCUGAGGCUGAGAAGGCUGCUGAAGCUGAGAAGAGGGCUCAGGAGGCUGAUGAUGAGGCUCUGAGCAAGAAGACCGAAGAGAUUAAGCUCUCGGCUAAUGACAAGGAUGAGACUGUUGUUGUCGACGAUCACAAGGUUGACGAUGGCGUCAUCUCAUGCUCCACUGGAUCACCUCACUUUACUCCCAAGAGUGUCGAGUCCACUGCCGACGCCGCUCAGGACAAACAAGAGGUGCCCCCUGUCAGUGGAGGCCCUCCCGUCCCUGUCGAGCAAGAGGAGCCUCUUCCUGUGCGUGCCCGACCUGCUUACGAUUCUGCCGGUGAGUCCUCAGACUCUCCUGUCGAGGACUGGGAGGCUCUGUACAGCAGUGACGAUAUGGCUCGCAAGCCUCGACUUCAACAGGCUGCCGCUGGCCCUGCAGUAGAGGAGUACGACUCUGAGGAGGAAAAGAUGCCCGAGCCCUGGAAUGCUAUCUGCAUCGUUGGUGUCCGCGUCUACUCCAAGGAUGAGAACCUCGAGCUCCGCACAGUCAUGGAGGGUGGUGAGCUCCUCGAGGACGGCAUGGGAUCCAAGGGCGCUGCUGAUCUCGACAACGCCCAGUCCAAUGCUGGCGGUGGUCGCGUCCUACCUAAGGCUGCAACCAAGCCUGAAGAGGGGAGCAAGAUCUCUACACCCAUCAUCCGAAAGGAUGAUCGAUACAUGGAAGAUGAAGGUACAUCUGGAGAGAAGUACUCUUCUAUCAAGAGCUACUUCCACAUUGACUCUGCUUUUACUACCAGAGUUAACUCUCCUGCACCUACACCUUACGAACACGAUCGUCGAUUGGAGUUUCCUCCUUCCAGUCGAUAA